AUGUCGUCUUUAACCAAACUUCUGCAAGAAAAGCGGAAAAAUGAGGCGACGUCGGCCGCAGGACCCGCGCAACAACGUCUGCAAGAGUUGGCCAACACCACUGCUGGCGCGUCCCAGGACAUCCCUGAAGAAGUGGGAUUGAGUGAAAGUGAUCUCACAAGACAGCCAGAGUUCUUGUCGAGCUUUAUCGCGUCGAACUCAGCACACACCGCGACUUUCAGCGAAAGCUUAAAGGACCGCGAACGGCCCACUCCCCUUAGCGUGGAAUCACGUGGCGGCACAGAUGGGAUUCCCGGCGCGGGAGGCGCUGCCAAUGGCGGUGGGUUUUCGAGCUCGCCGGCUGCAGGUGGGUUUGCACCAGGGUCGCUGUCUUCGUCGUCGCAAGCGGGCUACCUGAGCCGUGGAAAGCCGAUGCCGUCACUUUCGUCGACGAUACCGUACUCAGUGCCCAAUUCCAACGCCAGCACUGCUACCGUGACGGCUGGAAACGGGUACGGUUUCGCUCCCAACAGCGCUGGCGUCGCCCCCGGCAGCUCUGCGUCGUCGCUUUCGUCGUCUUACCUCGAAAACUCCGGGUUGAUGCCCCACAACGUCUCGGCCAUCGACAGCAACGUGAUCUCAUCACCCAAGGUGGACUCCGUUGAGCCCAGGUUCAUCAUCUCGAAGCAGAAAUUCCAAAAGGCGUCUCAAAACAACGCCGCGAAUCUUUACUCCAGCUCGCAAACUGGGUCGGUGCCCAGAUCUAGCUCUAUCUCCUCGCAGCUGGGAAACCUGUUUUUGAACAAAAACGGCAAAGACCUCACCAUAACUACACCAACCCAUGCAUCCCAAAGUAGAGACAUCCCCGGCAUUUCCAUGCCGGCUUCCUCUGCGUACGGGUCGUCCAUUCCCAAACCUAUGCGAGCAAGACGCAGCUCCCUUUACGGGAGCUCGAGACAACCGUCGGGGUCUUUCCAGGACUCUUUCAUUGGCUCGCCCUCAUCUUUGCAUGAACAGCAUCCCAAUCAAUACAUACCCCGGUCUCGCCACUCCUCGUUUGCGGAUCUUAAAAGGUUUUUUAAAAAGGGCCAAAGUCAACAAAUGAGCGCUUCGCCAAAUACACCCCCGGUAUCGGCCGGUGGAAACAUCAGCUCACAUACCUCAAACACGUCGUCUUUCGAACCCGGCUCCUACAAUAGUACUGGUGACACGAUAUAUACAAAUCAGCAGUCACCAGCUCUCCCUUUUUCCAAAAGAUACGCCAAAACGGGUGAAAAUCUAGGUGCUGGGGCAGGAGGUUCGGUAAGACUAUUCAAAAGAAUCCCAGACAAUAAAGUCGUUGCAGUGAAAGAGUUCAGAAGUAAAUUCGAACAUGAAAUCAAGAGAGAUUAUGUGAAAAAGAUUACAUCCGAAUACUGUAUCGGCACCACUUUGCGUCACCCUAACAUCAUCGAAACGGUUGAGAUUGUUUAUGAUAAUAAUCGCAUUUUGCAAGUCAUGGAGUACUGCGACUACGAUUUGUUUGCCAUAGUAAUGAGCAACAAAAUGUCGCACGAGGAGAUCUGUUGUUGCUUCAAGCAAAUCCUGACCGGUAUUCAGUAUUUGCACUCUAUGGGGCUGGCUCAUCGUGACUUGAAGUUAGACAAUUGCGUGAUCAAUAAGGAUGGUAUUGUCAAACUUAUUGACUUUGGAGCAGCCGCUGUAUUUUCGUAUCCAUUUUCGAAGAACUUGGUCGAGUCGUCCGGAAUUGUAGGAAGCGAUCCUUACUUGGCCCCCGAGGUGUGCAUUUUUUCCAAGUAUGACCCUAGACCUGUGGACAUCUGGUCUGCUGCCAUUAUCUUCGCUUGUAUGGUGCUUAAAAAAUUCCCAUGGAAAAUUCCUAAGUUAAAGGACAACUCAUUCAAGUUGUUCUGCUCAGGAAGAAAUUGUGAUUCCUUGAGCGCGCUGGUAGUGCGUACACCUGAAUCUGCGCCCGAGCCUCCUUCUUACGAUAACGUAAUUAACGGCAACAGCGCGUCUCCUAUACCACCUGCCUCUAGUAAUAACCCAUCUGAUCCUGACAAUCCAAAUAUAGGACCUCAAAGACUGCUUUCUUCUUUACCAGAAGAGUGUCAGCAUAUUAUUGGACGCAUGGUUGAUUUGGCUCCUGCAUGCAGGGCCAGUAUUGAAGAGAUCAUGCAAGACCCUUGGGUCGAGUCCAUUGAUAUGUGCGAAGUGGUGGAUGAUGGAUUCUCUACCAAAAUAAUACCAGGAGUCGACCACAAGCACACUCAGGUCGACCAAAGUGAGGCCCAUAUCGCGGGACUAGAAAAGAAAAAGAAGAAACAAAAUCGUUGA